CCUAAGAAUAACCAUGGGAUACUCCUUGAAUAAGAUGCUCACUUUACUUCUGGUUGUAUUGUGGGGACUAACGACAUAUUACAUUUCCAGCAUCGGCGAAGAUGGCGUUCGAAGUAGAGUCCGACACUUGGGAGAUAGGCUGACUCCGUUUAAAAUUGAACCCGACCACCAGAUUAUAACACGACACACAACAGCAAAGCCUAUAGAGACAGGUUUGGUUUUCUGCAAUGACACACGACUGAUGCCAGAAGGGACCUUCCCACCUAUAGCGCUGGCUAGCUUUCCCGGGUCGGGUAAUACGUGGGUCAGACAUCUCAUAGAGACUGCAACUGGUUAUGCCACAGGAAGUGUGUAUACGAGCACAAUACUUAGUAGCCGAGGUUUUAUAGGCGAAUUGCAACCAGCCCUUUCAGGCAGGGUUCUGACAAUCAAGACACACAUUUUCAAUAAGGAUACGGUCGGUGCUAUUUUGCUUGUACGCAAUCCAUAUCGAGCAUUGGUGUCUGAGUAUAACAGGGGGAAGGCUGGCAAGACGGGACAUGCCCAUGAAGAAACAUUCAACACAAAAGAGUGGCGUAAAUAUGUCAGCGGAAACUCUCGUAGUUGGCUCCAGCUAUAUAGAGCUUUCAUCUCCAAAUGUCAUCAUUCGGGCAACACCUGCAAGUCGACGUUGAUCGUGUAUUAUGAGCAACUCAAACUGCAUCUCAAGGACGAGCUGCGACGAAUCCUUGAAUACUUGCAUAUAACCAUAGAUGAAGAAAGGCUUGCAUGUGCAGUUACGAAUGCAGAGGGUCAGUUUCAUAGACCAAAGAGGAAUACAACCUUGGAUCCAUUCUCAAAGGAAGACAGAAGUUUGGUGGAAACAUCUUUGAAUUUGUAUCGCGAUUUGAUUGACCUGGAAGGUUUAGAGGAACCACCGUCAUCGCUUAGUUCAUAUCCGAGUGAUUUAUAGAGUUGAAGACCCACUAAUUGACUUGGCUCUGUCAGUAGAGCGUCCGCCUCACAACCGGGAAGGUCGUGGGUUCGAACCCCG